AUGUCGCGCGACCAAACACCAACAACACCAACAACUCCCGAUGCCGCCCGCUCCUGGCUAAGCGGCGGCUCAGCUCCCUCCGCGCCGUCCCAAGAUCUCACUCCCCCAACCGGUCAACAACCACCAGCACAAUCGAUCACCAACAACGCAGUACCAGAAAGUCAACAACCCAAAAAACAACACACCAACAGCACCUACAUCCCCAUCUCCACUGCCCUCUCGUCCAUAAAACCCGAAGACUUCCUUUCGGUGCACGAAACCCCGUGCGCGCGGCAGGGGUUCAUGACCGGCAUCGGCUCCGGCGCGUCCAUCGGCGUUCUGCGGUGGAUCAUGGGCCUGCCGAUCCCCAAGGCGGCCAACUGGGGCGUGGGGUGCGGGAUCGUGGGCGCGAUGGCGCAGUACGAGUACUGCCAGUGGCAGCGGCGCAAGGAGAAGGAGAAGAUGCAGCGGGUGGUGGCGGUUUACACGAAGAAGCAGGCGGAGAGUAGAGCGAAGGAGGCGAAGGAGGCUAGGGAGAGGAGGGAGAAGGCAGCAGAGCUGGAAGGGAAGGGGGAGGAGGGAGGAGGAGGACAGAGGAAGAAGAGUUGGUAUAAGUUUUGGUGA